AUGAAGAACUUAUUGAUUAUUACAAUUCUUGCUUUGUUUGCCUGUACAUUUGCUGAACAAGCAAAAGAUGAAGAAUUAUACAGCAGAGCAGUAAUUGAAAGCUGUCCAGGUUGCUCACUAAAUCGCCUCCCAGAAGUAAGAAAAUUCAUUUAUGAUGAUGUCCCAAAAUACAACAAUGUUGAAUUCAAGAAGAUUCAUGGUGCCAAACCAGAAUUAGUCUUAUAUGAUGAUACUGACACAGAAGUAAGCAGAAUUAAGCUGGAACAACUCACCAGAAAAGAAUGCAAUCAAUUAUUAGCAUCAAAAGGAUUCCAAGUGAAAGAAAACAAUAAAAUUGAAUUGUAA